GGAGCUCAGAGACGUGAAGAACUUGGAGACUGUGAGUGCGAGACUCACCGACUUCAAAUUUCUCACGAGGCUUCCGAUUGUUCACCGCUCUUGUUUCAGAUCCAUUGGAUGAUCGCAACGUAGAUAAGGUAUUGAGCUUGGUUAUGUGGGUCCGCCAACGUGAAGCAUACUCGAUGUACAAGCGGUUGUCAUCGAGAGAUUAUUUGAAUGCAGCUGAUAUGGAAUCAAAAGAGUUUGAUGAUACUUUAGACAUGGAAGACAACUCAGCUCUUUUGCAGAAAAGUAUGGUUCCAGAAGUUUCAGACCCCUCAUGGAAGCUUUCCUUACCCCAUGUACUAGUGGCAACUAUAUCUUCAUUCUUGUUCGGGUACCAUCUCGGAGUAGUCAAUGAACCACUUGAAAGCAUUUCUGCAGAUCUUGGUUUCAAGGGUAACGCAUUGGCUGAAGGUCUGGUGGUGAGUACAUGCUUGGGAGGUGCCUUUCUCGGAUCAUUAUUUAGUGGAUGGAUAGCUGAUGGAGUUGGACGUCGUAGGGCUUUUCAACUGUGUGCAUUGCCCAUGAUUAUUGGUGCUGUUAUCAGUGCAACAUCCAAAACUCUUGCUGGUAUGCUUAUAGGAAGGUUGUUUGUUGGGACUGGUAUGGGUCUGGGCCCUCCUGUUGCUUCUCUUUACGUAACUGAGGUUUCUCCUUCUUUUGUGAGGGGUACAUAUGGUAGUUUCAUCCAGAUUGCAACAUGCCUUGGACUUAUGGGGGCUCUUCUUGUUGGAAUCCCUGUGAAAGAAAUUGCGGGCUGGUGGCGUGUUUGCUUUUGGUUAUCUACAAUUCCAGCAGCAAUACUUGCUCUAGCCAUGGUAUUCUGUACGGAGAGUCCACAUUGGCUACAUAAGCAAGGAAGAACUUACGAGGCAGAAGCUGCAUUUGAGAAACUCCUUGGUGGAUCACAUGUCAAAACGGCAAUGGUACAAUUAGCCAAGUUGGACAGCGGAGAUGAGACAGAUGCUGUAAGCCUUUCAGAGUUGUUCUAUGGCCGCCAUUUCAGAGUUGUUUUUAUUGGGUCAACCCUGUUUGCUUUACAACAGCUAUCUGGUAUAAAUGCCGUCUUUUAUUUCUCCUCAACUGUAUUCAAAAGUGCCGGAGUACCAUCAGGCCUUGCAAAUGCCUUCAUAGGAAUUGCAAAUUUAUCAGGGUCUGUUGUCGCAAUGACAUUGAUGGAUAAAGUAGGAAGGAAGGUGCUACUGUUAGGGAGCUUCUUUGGCAUGGCAAUGGCAAUGGCUGUUCAAGUCGUUGCAGCGAGUUCUUAUUCAUCAGGACCUGGGUCACUGUACCUAUCUGUUGGUGGAAUGCUGAUGUUUGUUUUAACAUUUGCCCUAGGAGCAGGUCCAGUUCCAGGUCUCCUUUUACCAGAAAUAUUUCCUGGCCGCAUCAGGGCAAAAGCAAUGGCUGUCUGUAUGUCAGUGCAUUGGGUGAUAAAUUUCUUCGUGGGUUUGCUCUUCUUGCAACUACUUGAAAAACUUGGCCCACAGCUUCUCUAUUCUAUGUUUGGUACCGUUUGCAUGAUGGCCGUGGUUUUUGUGAAACGAAAUGUGGUGGAAACUAAAGGAAAAUCGCUCCAAGAAAUUGAGAUAGCGCUCCUUCCACAAGAAUAGAGGUGCCUUUCAAUGUUAGAAAAGUGUCUCGCUGCUGGAAGUGGAAGCACAUUGGGUCUUAAAUGAACCAGAAAUGGUAGGCAGUUCGGAAUAGAGCGCUUAACGGGAAUGGACAAGAAAAAUUCAAGCCAGCAAGUUUAUUUAAGAUUCUCGUCGGGCAAAUAUUUUGGUGGACUUCUAAAUUUUAUGCAGGUAUGUCACACAGUCAUGUAAUAGUAUAUAUCCAUGCGUUAGCUCGUAAGUAUGUGACAGAGGCUUUGGGUGCCAUGAAUAUGUAAUUAUGUAACUUUUAAACUUCCAAUUCACUAAGAAAUAUGUAUGAUAAAGUCGGGGUUUAAACCCUUUGAGCCAUUUUAUGGGUACAUCACCAAACAGACAAUUCCAUUCAUGUAGAACUAAAAGUUAUAAGCAGGAUUACAAUACA